CGAAGAUUACAAGAAGUCAUCAAAAAUUCGAGAAAAAAUUCUCCAAAAUAAACGGGAUGGUUGUUCGUAUUCUGCUGUAAACGUGACUUUCUAGUUUAAAAAAGAAGAAAAUUAUGUUGGCAACAACUAUAUUAUUAUAAAUAUUUUUUUGGAACAAGUCCUUGAAGCAAUUUACUUUUAUUCUUAACGGAUAAAAUGGUAAAAGCUUGACCAAUUUUGGGAUAGAAAAAUAAACAAAAACAAUAUUUCGUUUUAUUUUUGUUGAGAGAAUAGAAUGCCAAUUGGCUGUGAUAUUUCCAAGGUUAUCCUCGCAACCGCUAGCCAGUUCGAUAGUAUGCACUUUUCUUGAGACAGUCACUCUGGUUUUAAUACACACCACUUAAACAAGUAUAAGACAAUAUUGCUCUAUUUUAAACAAUGAAGCCCAAGGGAUUUUUAGCCAGACAUCUCUCCGAAUGGCUAGCCAAAUUAGGACAAAUGAUAGCGAGACAUCCCUUUCUGUUUUUAUUCAGCUUAUUAAUUUUCACGGGAAUUCAAAGCGUCGGAUGGCUGAAGUUUCAUCAUUUGCAAGAUUUCGAUUACUUGUAUUAUAUUCAACGAGGCAGAACUCAAAGAGAUCGAGAAAAAAUCGAACAAAUAUUUUCUUUUAAUAAUUCUGAAAAUCUGGACUUAGGAAGAAUGACUCGACUUUUGAGAGCGGCUGUUGUCUUGGUUCGUGCUAAAGAUGGAGGUAGCGUUUUCAGAGAAGACAUUGCAAAAGAGAUCAUUCAUUUAGAUAAUGAAAUAUAUAAAAUAAAUGUGUCAUUCGAUGGGCAGACGUGGAAUUUCAGUUCUCUUUGUGCAAAAUGGUGGUUCGGUAGUUGUAUCCAUAACAGUGCGUUACAAAUCAUGAACAGGCUUAAUGAUUUUCAGAAUGGAGUAUUUAGACCCGUUUAUCCGAUCGAUAAAACCUCUUUUAAAGACAGUAUUAUAGCUAUAACUGCUACAAAUCUUGGUGGUGUUGAAACGGACAAGAAUGAUCGUAUCGUUUCAGCUAAAGCAGUUAGGUUUAUUUUUCAACUAGAUUUUCGAAAAACAUCUUUGAAAAAUGUUAAUUAUGCCUGGGAAGAAAAAUUUUUAAAUGAGCUGAAAAAGAUGAAGUUUAAACAUAUCGAGUUAUCUCUCUUCACUUCACUCUCGGUAGCUGACGAGUUAACUCAAAUCACCGUAAGCGUGUUACCACUUUGUUCGUGUGCAGGAUUUAUUGUGUUUUCUUUUUCCAUAUUUUCGUGUCUCAGCACAAAUUGGAUUGUGAGUAAACCCUGGUUAGGAUUGGCAAGUGGUAUUUCUGCUUCCUUGUGUGUUGUGGCGUCUUUUGGUUUCGUCAUGAUGUGUGGAGUGCCCUACGUAGAUGUUGUGUUGUCCGUACCAUUUCUAAUGUUAGGAAUUGGAAUCGAUGAUUCGUUUGUCUUGAUUGCUUGUUGGAGGAGAACAAAUUCGAAGAAUUCUGUAGAACAGAGAAUGGGCGAAACAUUCUCCGAAGCCGCUGUAUCUAUAACUCUCACUUCUGUGACUAAUUUUUUAUCAUUCUGUGUGGGCAUAGUUACACCAUUCAAAAUUACUCAAAUUUAUUCUAUUUAUGCUUUAACUUCCAUUUUAUUUUGUUAUAUUUACGAGAUAACUUUCUUCGGUGCUUGCCUCGCCCUUAGCGGUUACAGAGAAAAGAAAAAAUUGCAUCCAUUAACAUUUCAGCCAACUGUUUCUAAGAUAGAAGCGGACAGCAAGAAUCGCCUUUAUACGUUAUUUUGUUACGGCGACGACUCAGACAAGAGAAGCGAGAUAGUAUGGCCGAUGAUAUUUUUCCGUGAUUAUUUCUCUAAGCUAUUGACCAAUAAACAUUCCAAGAGUAUUGUUCUUUUCGUGUUUUUUACCUAUUUGGGAUGUUCUAUUUAUGGAUGUUACAGCAUCAAAGAAGGAAUGGAUUACAGAAACAUCUUUCAAUAUGAAUCGUACGGUUGGAAAUAUAUGGAUUGGCAUUAUCGUUAUUUCACAGAUUAUCCUCAUCGAAUUCAAAUUAUCAUAAACAAAACAUUAGAUUAUUCGAAUCCUGUUAUUCAAGAGAAAGUAGAAAAUCUAUUGCAAAAGUUUGAAAACACUUCAUUUUCUGCUGGAAGAGAAUUUACGGAAUCGUGGCUCAGAAUCUACAAAACGGUAGUAAAGUCACCUCAAGGAUGGUUAUCUUUUAGAGGUUAUAAUAUAUCGAAUAAACAAGAUUUCAUCGAAGGACUGAAGAUAUUUUUUCGGUUUAAUAUAUUUGAAAAAUUAUCUACUGAUGUGAUAUUCAAUGAAAAUCACACGGAUAUAGUAGCAACUAGAUUUAUCGUCCAUUCUAAAAAUAUACGUAACUCCAUUCAAGAAAAGAAUAUGUUAAUUGAGCUGUAUAAAAUUGCCGACGAAAGCGAAUUCCCUGUGAUAAUAUACAGUCUGUUAUUCCCUAUAAUAGAACAACUCCUAUACGUCAGAGAUAUUUCUAUUCAGACGGUGGCAUCCGCAGCAGCCAUCAUGGUGAUCACUUUCUUCGCCUUCAUACCGAAUAUAAAAUGUGCUCUGUUCGUUUCUUUUUCGGUUGUGUCCAUCGAAGUGGGUGUUAUCGGUUUAAUGAGUUACUGGAAUGUAAAUCUGGACGCCCUAGCCCUUAUGUCCCUUAUCAUGUGUGUAGGAUUUUCCGUAGACUUUGUUUCGCAUAUAUCUUACGCGUAUUUAUCUUGCGAUUAUGCAACCAGUAAAGAGAAAAUACGUUAUUCACUCUUUUCUGUUGGAAUGCCCGUAGUACAAGGUGCGACAAGUACUAUAUUGGGAAUAUUCUUUUUGAUAUUUGCGAAAUCUUAUUCCUUUAUUAUUUUCUUUAAAAUUGUUUUUAUAGUGAUGAUUUUGGCAUCUAUUCACGCGUUGGUUGUUUUACCCACUUUAUUAAGUUUUACUGACAAUUUAUACUAUUUUAAGGCUAAAAAUAGGCCUACAGCCACGGAUCUAAACACAUUAGAAGAGACAGAAGAAUUGAAUUCGUUAAGAAAAACUGAAAGUGAUAUUGAAAGCAAGGAUACUAUUCAAAAUAAUGAAGAUACAUAAAGUUUGUAUCAAACAUCUAUAAAAAAAUAUGUGGGCCAUAAAUUUUUUUACAUUCCUGUGAUAAGACUUUCGGCAAAAUCUACGGAUCAACGAUUUUAUAUGCAAGAUUUUGAUAUACUUAUGUUCUGUUUUUACCAAUUGUGAAUGUCUGAUUGAAAAUAUUAUAUAAUGGUUUCAUACGAGUUAAAAAGUACUUAAGUAAGAUAUUUACAAACAGUAUAUUUACAAGUUAUUAAUAAAACAAUAUUUAAAUAAUUUA